AUCAUCUUUACAGAAGCUGUGGCUACAUGACAGAACAACAGGUCCUUUAAAGAUGUCAUGUCCCAGCAGUGCAGUGUCUUAGUCUCCCAGAUUCCCCUGCUGAAUUCUGUCACACCUUUUCUGCUAAACUAUGCAAUAACUGCAACCAGAGCAGAGAGCAGGCCACCAUUUUCCAUCGAUCGGAUUCUGGGUUUGGAGCUGGAAAGACCUGGAAACUGCCUGAAACUCCACCGACCGUGGGCAGAGAUCGGAGCAGAGAAGGAGAACAGAGGAAACAGUCUCUGCUCCAAACAACAGCACCACCAUCAUCCUCAGCAGAUCAACUCUCACAGGCCAACAUCAAGCUGGUAUGUUGGACGCAGACCACGCACUGCCUUCACCAACAGCCAGGUGAAUGUCCUGGAGACGGUGUUUCAGGUGAACUGUUAUCCAGGUAUCCAGCUGAGGGAACAGCUGGCAGGGAGGCUCGACCUGGACGAGGACAGAAUCCAGAUCUGGUUUCAGAACCGGCGAGCCAAGCUGAGGCGUUCCCUCAGAGAAACCCGCCUGAAGCUGGUCCAGACGGCCGUGUCUGACCUCAGGGUCAGACACCAGGUCAUAGGUCAACUGAAGGCCAAUUGGAACGUACGAGAUGACCCGGAGCUCAGCCAGCGGCUCACCUCUCGUCUCCAGCUGCAGGUGGAGGAGGAGGAGGAGGAGGAGGAGUGAUGCUGAUGAAGGACUUGAGGGCUUGCCUCUUUCACCAUUCAACCUAUUUCUCAUCUUGUGCACGACUGUUGUCUGUAUAUAAUCGGUUUCUCCCAUCCUCUUUCUUUCUUCUGCCUUCCUUCCAAAUGUUGUACAAAAGGACAAAUGUACAAAUAACUGCUGAUAAAUGAAGGUCUCAUUUGCUCAUAAAACCUCAUGUAACAGUGCUUGUUUUUGGCUUUAACACUAAACUGGAUCCCUCUGAUUGUCAGUAAUAUAGCGGAGGUAUGAAAGUCUGUUGUCCUGAAGAUUUGGUUUGGAGAUCAGACUUUGUUAUGACGAGGUCUGUUCUGGAUCUGCCUCGUUAUAUUAUAGUGUCUUAUUAUGUGAAUAGGUUUCUGUUUUUCUAAUCUGUACAAAGUCUAAUAACUAAAUAAAAGUAUUUGAAUCUUG